AUGAAGGAAAGUAUAAAAACAAAGAAAGAUCACAACGAAGUACAAGGCCCUCCAAUGUCACUUGCAGAAACAGUUACAAAUAGUCGACGUUUAACCAGAAUACGAAUAUGUUUUUGGCCAACCCUAUUGAUUAUAUUAGGUUUGAUUGGAAUUCUUUUAGCUAUAAGGAUAUUACUAGUAAAUACAGGUAAUAUAACUACAACUGAAAUAGUUUCAGUUAAAUGGAUAAGUCAAUCGAGUGAAAUUUCAAAUUUGACAAUACAACAGAACAAUAAUGGUGUAUAUUAUCACUUCCAAAAUGAAACAACCAAAACGAAACAAAAAAGAAAAAAGAGAAAUGCAUAUAUAAAAAACGUAAAGAACAAUACAGAAGAAGAAAUUGACAAAUAUCAAAAUAUAGACAUUCAAAAAGCUAGAGAAAUUAUAAAAAAUCAUAAUGUACCAUGUACAGAAAAUAAUAAAAACGAAAUUUGCAGAGAUCUUGUUACAAAAUUAAAAUUGCUUAGUAAAGACAAUUUAGACGAGAAGAAAAGUAAUAAAUUAGACCGUACUCUUAAAACUCACUUACAUAAAAUUAGAGAUAAUAAAGAUACAGCAAAUAUUUACAUUAACAAUGUAUCUGAAAAAUUGCAACAAAGAAAUCACCGCAUUGUACCCACAGAUAUAGCGAAACGAGAAACUGAUCCGGUCGAUAUUUUUGAUGUUCCAAAAGUUAAUAUUGAUGUGCCGCAUAUUAGUAAAGGCAGAGAACAAUAUACAAAUUUACAGCCAUAUCAAGUAAAUGUUGUCCCUCAACAAAACUAUCCUCCAUCAGUACCAUUAACUGAAUCCUGUUUACUAGCUCGCCUAUUGAAAGAAAAAUAUCCAUACAUACAAGGUUUGUAUGAUUCACCUGAUAGUUAUAACCCCCCAGUAUCAUAUGGACAUCCUACACAGCUAUAUCACAGUUAUUCUCCGCAAGUAACAUCUAAUACUUAUCAUAGAAGCCGUGAAGCCGAAAUCCACAAACAAAAAGUCCAUCCUCAAGAUGUUGACAUAUUUAUGAAGUAUUUUAAACCUAAAAAUGUAAAGAUUUCAACAGAACCUCCAUCACUUAUAUCCACCCGCGAAGCCCAAUGUCCUGUAGGAUUAGUAUCCUGUGAUAAUGGUGAUGACUGUGUAUCUAAGAAACAAUGGUGCGACGGAAAUGUUGAUUGCCCUGAUGUCAGCGAUGAAUCAAGAUGCAGUUGUAUUUCAAGAGUAGAUAAGACCAGAAUCUGUGAUGGGUAUUUGGAUUGCCCGUAUGGUGAAGAUGAAAUGGGAUGUUAUGGUUGCAGUGAAAAUACGUUUAGCUGUGAAGACAUUGACAUUAACUCACGGAGCUCUUGCUUUAGUAAGGAUCAAAGAUGUAAUAACGUUGUUGAUUGUCCAAAUCGUCGAGAUGAACUUGAUUGUAAUAGCCUUUCACCCAGUUUGCACCAAAAACCGAUAUUUGCAAUUUCAAAUACAGAAGGAUUUUUACAUCGGAACUUUAAAGGUAACUGGUAUGCUGUCUGUAAAAAUCCCUAUAUGUGGGCACACGACGCAUGCCGCCGUGAAACAGGACUUGUUAUUAGGCCACCAUUCAUUCAAGUCGUGCCUAUAGAUCCACUAUUGAAAGUUAAUUAUUUGAAUACAAACCCUAAUGGUAUGGUACAUACAAGUCAAUCAUGUUUCAAUUCAUCUGCUAUUUAUGUGACCUGUCCUGACCUUCUAUGUGGAACAAGAAUGUUAACAAAUUCGCAGUUGAUAAGAGAAAACGAUGCCGCCGAAAAUCACCUUUUUGGUCGAAAUAAGCGAUUUCUUUUGAAAACCCAACCUUACGUUUUUUAUAACAAUCCAUCUAAAGGUCACUUAAGAAAUCUUACUAACGUGGAAAAUAAAUACAGAACACCAAUUUUCUAUAACAGAAAUUCGAAAGGAAAUAAAUAUAAUGGUCUAAGAAACAAACGAGCCCAAAGCAGGGUGGUAGGUGGAAAGCCUAGUCAACCAGCAGCAUGGCCCUGGAUGGCGGCCAUGUAUAGAAAUGGAAUGUUCCAUUGCGGUGGAGUCAUCAUAACUCAAAAAUGGAUCAUGUCAGCUGCUCAUUGCGUUUAUGAAUUUUGGAAACACUACUAUGAGAUACAAGUAGGAAUGCUAAGACGCUUUUCCUUUUCACCGCAAGAACAAAAUCAUCGCAUUACUAAUAUCAUAGUUAAUCAACAUUACAGUCAAAUGGAUAUGAAAAACGACCUGUCUUUAAUGAUGGUUGAGACAAGUAUUAAGUUUAGUAGAUGGGUGAGACCGGUCUGCUUGCCUGGACCCGAUACAGCUGGUGCUGAUUGGCUUUGGGGUCCAGCACCAGGAACCAUAUGUACUGCGGUUGGAUGGGGAGCAACCGUGGAGCACGGACCUGACCCGGAUCAUAUGCGAGAAGUAGAAGUUCCAAUUUGGAGCAACUGUAAACAUUCUGAAGAUAGAGCUGGAAAAGAAAUCUGUGCUGGCCCAGUUGAAGGUGGAAGAGAUGCAUGUCAAGGCGACAGCGGUGGACCACUCCUUUGUAGAAAUCCUUUAAAUGCACAACAGUGGUACGUUGCUGGUAUAGUAAGUCAUGGUGACGGAUGUGCUCGUAAAGAUGAACCUGGAGUUUAUACUAGAGUCAGUAUGUUCAUUAAAUGGAUCAGAAGUAAUACUUUAUCAACUUCUUUACCAUCAAUUCAACCAAAGCAAGAGUGUCCAGGAUAUAGAUGUAAAUCUGGGCUUUUUAAAUGUCUUCCCGAUAAAAGAGUUUGUGACAAAAUUGUUGAUUGCCUUAAUGGAGACGACGAAAUUAAUUGCAAAGAAAUGAGAACAUUCGAAAAUAUAUUAUUUAGCAGAACGAGUAAUAUUAAUGAAAAUAUUAUAGAUACAAAUAGCAAAGUAAAAAAAGGCGAAAAUUUACUUUCGAAUAUACAAGGUAAAAAUCUAUCUGAAAUUAAUAAUAUCGAAAAAUAUCGUGAUUCAAAGGAUGAUCCGCCUUUCUUAGAUGCAUCAACAAUAGAAAUAUCGAUUUCAAAAAGUUCUGAAAACUCGGAAGAACAUGUAACUAUGAAUCCCGAACAAAUUACAUUUAGAGAAACAGAAAAUACAAAUAGAGGAGAUAUAAUGGAAUCAAGUAGCAUAUCAUCCAAAGAAUCUUUAGAUACUUUAACAUCAGAUUUAGACGAAGAAGUUAAUACAGAUGAAAAUUUUAAUGCAACAAAUAUUGAAAUAAAUUGGUCUACAAGUACUCCGCAGAAUGAAUUAUCGACUAAUACGGUUCUUACUACUACCGUUACAGAAAAUAGUCAGCAAUUAGAACAUAAAACUAACAUGGACAUACAUGCAAUACACAAAAAUCAAUUAAACAGCAACUUAACAGAUAAAAAUAAAUCAAACUUAAUUAUUACGGAAGUAGAACCUUCAAAUCAAAAUAAAACACAUGACAAUGAAUUUGAAUCUAAAUCUUUAAUUGUAGAACUUCUUCCAAAUAUACAUGACACAUCAAAUGUAAAACUGAAUAAAAUAGAAACUUUAGAAAACAAGGAAAGCAAAACUUUUAUACAUACUAAUAAGUUAAAGAAUCCGCCACACGUAGAUCACGAAAUUGAUAUUAUACACAAAAUUGAAGAUUUGGUUUUAUCGGAACUCCAACCAGCUAAAAUGAGAAAGAAACACCGUAUUCCUAAAGAAUUUGAAUGUCGUCAUAUAAAACAGAAUAUUCCAUAUCAGUAUCGUUGUGACCACAAAGCCGAUUGCGAAGAUGGUACCGACGAAUUUGAUUGUUCUUGCAUCGAUUAUCUUUCAACGUUUGAUAUGAAACUUCUUUGCGACGGUAUUUUUGACUGCGCUGAUGGCCAAGAUGAAACUGACUGUUACAGUUGUCCUGACGAUCGAUUUAUGUGCAGGCAAAGCCGAAUUUGCUUACCCAUAAAAUAUGUUUGUGAUGGCAAACCACAAUGUCCUCAAGGCGAAGAUGAAUUAGAUUGUUUUACUCUUACGAACGGCAAAGACUUGACCUAUGAAUUUGAUGAUAGACCAAAAAUUAAUUUAGAAGGUUUUUUGACAAAGAAAUAUAACAACGAUUGGCAUGUUGUUUGUGAGGAUGAUUUAUCAACAGAACAACAGGAACAAACUGCUAUGCAUAUGUGUAGAUACUUAGGAUUUAGUUCUGCAAACAGAUUCUACGUGAAGAACAUUAAAGUUAAAAACGAAGACCUUAGGAAACCAAAAUACUUAUCUAAUAUACGAGCUAAAAGGGAGAUCAAAGAUGUGCCCGUUCAUUUUGCAUUCAGAAAAGACAUUGAUAAAAAUAAUACUGCCAGGCAUAUUAUAAUCAAUGAACCAGAAAUAAUUAAAGAACAAUGUGUACAAAAUGUAACACAAACAUGCAUGUCCCUCUACAUAUAUUGUGAUCAUUCAUUAUUUGACUAUGAAGUAAGCCAAAAUCUUUAUAGAGAAGUGGAUUCGGUUGCCGACCGAACGUGGCCAUGGGCAGCUAAAGUUUAUGUAGACGGAAGUUAUAAAUGCUCUGGUGUACUGGUAGAUAAAUCAUUAGUUUUAAUUAGUCAUUCCUGUCUGUGGGAUUUUGUAUUUGAACAACAACAUAUUUCUGUUGUACUUGGGUCCCAUAGAACUUUAAAUUCUACCAAUGGGCCAUAUGAACAAAUUUACGAAGUGAUCUCAAAGACAGAAUUGUAUCGUAACAAAGUAAUUCUAUUAAAAUUAAAAGCACCAGCGUAUUACUCAGCUAUGGUGAAACCCAUGAUUAUUAAUUCAGCUAAUAUCCAAGACGAAGAUAGUCAUAUCUGUGUAACAAUCGGUCAAGACGAGAAUAACUCAACCGUCAGUGCAUUUUUAAAAGAGACUAAAGAAAAUUGCAGUGCUCAUAAUAGAUGUUUUGUUCGGUUAUCUAAAUCUAGCAUUUGCCCUACAGGUAUGGUUUCGCAUCAGCAAUGGGCCGGCAUAAUUAGCUGCCAUACGGAACAGGGGUGGUAUCCUGCCGCUUCAUUUGUUGACAGCAGAGGGGAAUGUGGUCUUGAACAGUAUAUUAAUGCAAGUGCUAUCGAAAACAUAAAAAGUGAAAUUAAACAUUUUGGUGGAAAACCAUCUUUUGAGUCUAAUAAACAUUUAGUCCACGAGACGUGUGAUGGUGUAAGGUGCAGCCGUGGGCGAUGUAUUAAAAUGCUUCACGUGUGUAAUGGGGUGAAGGACUGCGAAGACGGGUACGAUGAGACUGAACAAGCAUGUGGGAAUAAAACGCAGAUAUGUCAAAACGACCCACAUCAUAAGGGAUGUGGAUGUUCCUCCGGGCAAUUGAGAUGUCAUAACGGUAAAUGUAUAUCAAAAGAAAUGUUUAAUAAUGGUCAUGAUGAUUGCGGUGAUCGCACCGAUGAGCCCGAUCACGUGAUCUGUUCUCGUUACUUGGCCAGAGUCAUGCCUUCAGGAUUAUGCGACGGUAUACUUCACUGCGAGGACAGGAGUGACGAAGAUCCGAUGUUUUGUAAAUGCUAUGCAGAAAGAACAUAUCGAUGCGGCAAAAUAAGUGACGUAGAUCACUGUGUGGCUCCAGACAUGGUGUGUGAUGGUGUGCGGGAUUGUCCCAACGGUGAUGAUGAGACAACAUGUAUAGGUUUACAUGGCCCAUUUGGAACACCGUAUGGCACUGGACAAGUAAUUGUUCGAUCCCAUGGAGUGUGGCGUACAAAAUGCUACUCAACACAACAUCAUACAAAAUCAGAACUAGAAGCAAUUUGUAAGGAAUUAGGCUUUAUAAGUGGUCACGCAAAAGAAUUUGAACCCCUGGACAAACUUACUCCAUAUCCACAUAACAGCGUUGUGGUGGAUUCUUUUAGUACUGUUGUACUAAAUAAUAACACUACUCUAAAGUUAAGGAAUUCUCAAGAACCUUUAGCUAAAGCUAACUUUAAUGAGAAAUUAGAAAAUUGUUACCCAGUUUUUAUAGAAUGUCUGUAA